AUUACUGGUCCCCCGUGCAUUAAUGGUACAGCUCAAACAGUGAUGGCGGACGAAACAUCGGAAAGGAGUCCUGCAAGUUGACAAAAACCCGUUCUCACGAAUUCCUUGCGUACAUAUCCCAGCUGUACUGAGCAGGCCUGAGUGAUGGAGGUUGAGGAGAUCUGUCCUCCCAUCAGCCACCUGGAGCAGCCGCCCCGCGGACAGGUGCAGUGUCAUGUGGAGGGGUGUGGCCAGACGGUAGCCAACCAAUCAGCUCUCAGCAUGCACAUGGCCAAGAGACAUGGCCUACCAAGGUCCAUGGACACAGAUUUGGCACCCUUCACAAAAGGGAAAAAGAAGAAGACCAUAAAACACUUCUACUGCCCUGUAGCUGACUGUGAGAGGAGGCUGGGCAGCAGGAGACCUUUCACCUCCAUGUUCCUCAUCAAACAGCAUUACGCCCGUAUGCAUGCUGAAAAGAAAUUCCACUGCACAAAGUGUGGCUUUGGCUUCGCCUUCAAGAAAGAGCUGGAGAGACAUGAGAAGACAUGUGGUCAGAUCUGGCACUGCAGCUGUGGCUGUCCUUACACCACCAUGGAGGCCCUGUGGACACAUGCUGCCAGGAAGGGACACUCUCUUCCUGACAAACUACUGAAGAAGGAUGACUCUAAAGUACAAAAUGCCAAGAGAAAGUCUCAGUCUAUCCCUCAGUCACAGCCUGUCAAGGUCAUUGUGAUCCUGCCCAAUCAGGUGCAAGGUACACAUCCUCCUACUGCUGCUUCAGUACAGGCACAGUCAUUGGUCCAUCCACCUGACUGCGUCAGCCAAUCAGGUAGUAUGACUAGGUCUCAGCCUGAUGUAAUUGGACAACAUAAUACUUCAUCACACAACCAAUCAGCAAGUUAUCAUCAAGUACAACCAGUUUGCCACACCACUUUUUCUUCUGUGAAUAGGAAUCAUGUAUCAUGUGCAAAGAUUCCAUCAUUUAAGCACAGCAGUGUUUCUUCCAAUACACAAGAGAAAGAAAAAGUUGUUCCAGCCACUAAAAUUAGAAGGUAUGUCCAAAUACUACCCAAGCCAAAGGUACCUUCCAUAUCCUAUCAUGCUGUCUCUGGUACUAAUAAGUUGUCACAAAAUUCUUCAACAUCUGUACGAUGUGAGACAGCCGUGCAAGCCACAACUACAUCUGUGUGUGAAGUAGGGAUACAAACAGCUGCACCGAGCUACAUCAAGAGAAGACAGAGGAUUGCUAGACAGAAGGAAAAUAAGGAGGUGGACACUCGAGAUGAGGGCACACAAACGGCAGGCAGAAAAAGAACAUCAGAGAAACUGAUCACUCAAAAUGUGCAGACUGACUGUAUACCUCUCAGUACUCAGAUUGCCAGUAGACGGUUAGAAAACCUUGUCACUCAAAAUGUUCAGACAGACUCUAUUCCUCUGGACACACACAGUGCCUCCAGAAGACUUGAAAAGCUUGUCACCCAAACCAUUCAAACAGACAGCCAUCCCUUGCAGAUGAUGCCUCCGGGGCAGGCACAAACAGACUUGUUUGCACAGAGGUCGUCCACAGCUGUCCAGGCACAGCUAAGCCCUCCAAUGUUGAGGGGUGUUUCAAAUGCAUGGAUGCAGGUGGGAACACCGCUGAAUUACACCACUAAUGUGCAGACGCAGACAUCCCGCCCUCAGAACUGUCACACACAGACCCCGUACCUGCACAACCCACCGUCUGCAGGUCUGCAGACUACAAGGGAGGGUCUGGGCUUCCAAGGACAGGCUGGAUUCCCCAGGGAACAACAGUUCCCCUUGCCACAACAACCAGGAAUUACGCAGGGAUGGCUGACCGUCCCAACUCUCACCAACCCCAUCUCACAUAUACCCAACAUGGGGGAAGGAAACAUAUUGCUGCCUUCGUUCAUUCCAAGUGUACCUCGGUCCUCGGAUGGUUUCCUGAGUGGAGGCACGCAGACAGACACGAUGUUCCAGGAGGCAGGAUCCCUGUCUAGUGCACAGACACAAACCUUACCCCUCCCCUCUGACAUUGAAGCCAUGAUCUUUGAGCACACAUCCACACAAACCCUGGAGUCCAGUAGUAUUGGCAUUGACGGCAGCGGAGCUGACAUGUCCUCUGUGGAGUUCUCCAGCAUGGAGACUCAGACAACCGACCUUGACUUUGACAUUGAAGACUUCCUGCUCCUGAACGACAGUCAGACCCAGACUAACCUGUCCUUUGCCUACCAGGACAUGGAGCCGCUGCACUCCUACACUCAGACUGACCCUGAGUUUAACCUCCAUGACCUGUUAAUGUCCCAGCCCCACACAGACCUCCCCCCACAGCAGUCCUCCGCACACACACAGACCAUGCAGAACACUGCUGACAACUUCCUCUCCAACAUGGAGACUCAGACAGCAGCUAACGGCUUCCUGUUCCCAGAACUGGAGCUCACAGACAUGGAGACUCAGGCAGGCUCCAGUUUUGUGGGAGGGGGGUCCGGAAAUGCUCAGACUCAAACAACAAUGGACAAUGAGCAAGUUGACACACAUACCCAAACAUUAUUGUCAGAGUUUGGAUUUUUACAGUAACUAUUACAGAAACAAGUAUAUGAACUAGAAGAUAAGGUGAUAAUAUGCAUAUUUAUACAUGUACAGUCUUUAUUUUUUCUAUGGUUGAGGAAAGAGUGUGUUCUUUUUUGAAUGAAAUUGAUGGUGUUGUUCGCAAAAAAAAAAAAACUUACUAAAAGCUUCUUUAGUUUGAAAGCAUAAAAGGUCAGUAAUAACUCAAAAGUAGUCCUGCUCCAUAUCCAAAAUGCGCACUUACAUCAUAUCCUUGAAGCAAGACUGCACAGAUCAAUAAAUGCAUGUUUUCCUCAGUGACUACUGAUAACAGGAUCCUACAUGACUGUGAUAGUAAUUCCAUACACGUGUACAUGCCACAUUUGAUAUAUUGCUUAUCAGGAUCAUACACUACACAUGGAAAGCAGACUUGACAUAAUGACACUUAAGUGCUUAUAUCAGCUAUUAUUAGGUAUAGAGUACGUCAUAAGCUUUUAAUUUUUGCCAUCAACACAGAUGUAAGUGGCUUUUCAGGCAAUUUUUGGAAACCCUUUCUGUGCCAAACAUCCGGCCUUGUUCCUUUGACGUCAGUCGGUAUAAAAGGUUUCUAAAGCUGCUCUCUUACAUAAAAAGAUGAAGUAACACACUGAUGACAGGUAGUCAUCCACGGCACUUAGCGGCUGUGGAAGGAUGGGUGUGGGACUUGUUGCUAAGUGUAGGAAAUUGAAGCAGGGUAUUAAUAAAACGUACACAUGUAGUGAUGCACAGGGCCAUACCAGAUGGAGGGACUAUGCAUAUGCCCAAGGAUGGGCAGUAAGUAGUCCUGAGUAAGUACGUUGUAGCAACACUUUUUCCGGCAUCACUACAUCAAUCUAAAAUAAAUUUGCUCAGUAUGAUAAGCUAUUAGCUUCUUUGUGCGGUGCAGUGCGUUCUAUGGCUUCAAUUCAGUGCGUUCUAUGGCU